GAUGGUUAAAAAAAUCUUACAUAUAGAACUUUAGCAAGAUGCCUCAUAUUAGAGAUGCUUUAAGAAACAUGAUUAAAGAGUCAAAUAGCGAUUCUAUUUUUACUAAGUCAAGACAAAGACCAAAUAAAAUUAUGGCAUCCUCUUUAGAAGGCCCAAUUAAUGCAAGUAAGUACUCAUCUUGGUUUGUUCUCUAAAAUCAUAU